UAUUCUCAGGAGUUUUUGCCAACCUAUGAGACUAUACCAGAGGGGGCAUCAGUGCCCAAAGUGGAAAAGGUGAGUCCCAACCCUUUUAAAAUGCAUAAUAUUUAUGCAUUAUGAAAAUGAUUAGUACUCAUAGCUUUAAUAGUAGUUGUAGUAUUAGUUUGAGCUGCCAAGAAUACCUUUACAAUUAAUACCAUAUUUGUAAGUCGCUCUGGAUAAGAGCGUCUUCUAAAUGCAAAAAAUGUAAAUGUAUAACAUGGCUUGUUCUUGCAUUUAUUUCACCAAGAGGGACACUGAUUGAUUCGCUAUUGUAUUUUCAUAUGCAGAAAAUGUACGAAUCAAUGUGUCAAAUAUCUGUAAUUACAAGAGAGGUCUAUGUUUGGUCCUAAUCCAAAUGUGGACUGUUAUUGUUCAUGGAACAAAAAAGGGUGUGUCACUUUCGUUGUAGACUCUUCCCUCCCUCUCUCUAAGUUUGAUGUCAGUUGAGAAAGACGUUGUCUAGUUGGGUCUCGUACAAGCACAGUGAGGCUGUCUGUCGGUCCCUCUCUCGUUAAAGGACAUGUAUAAUAUCAUGGAAGAAGAGUUUGAGUUUGAGACUGUGGAGCUACCAGAUAUCGCCUGUUGUUUUUGCCCACAGGCUGAGUUCAAUGGCAAAUCUGACUCUCUGUUCUUCAAUGAUGGGGUUAGACGGAUCGACUUUGUCUUAGUCUAUGAAGAUGAGGACAUGAAGGAGAUUGACAAAAAUCAAACGUUCCAGAAACGGAAAGUAAGUGCAUUUCUGGUGGCAGAUUGUGAGUCUAAGAGUCCUUAUUCACUUUCAACAUGGUCAGCAGGUUUCUGUCUGACAGAAGUUAAAAACAGUAUUCCUACUGUGCUGUGAAAAAGCAUGUUUGAAAUUAAAUGCAGUUGAGUUUCACACUGUAAGCAUAGUUUUGAGGAAUAUGUGAAGCCAAAUGUGCUUUCUUAUAGCUUAAGAGGAGUACUGUAUUAUCUAUGAAACAAGUUACUAAAGCCACAUUCCGUCAAAGAUGUAACUUGUAGGAAUCAGUGUUAUGUUCCGUCAUAGAAGUUGGUGUUGUAUUAUGCCAGGACCUAAGGCAUUCACACAACGCUUUCUCAUUGUACACCCGGAAUAUUGACUCUGAAUAUUUGUAAAGGGAGUUUUCCUUAGCUUCAGUCACAGUGUGUCAGAUCUAAGGUAUCCCUAUGAUUAAUAUGAGUAAAAUCCCUGUCCUACCACGUUGCUGUGAGGAGAUGAUGUUGAAGGAGUCAGGCGCAGGAGGGUAAAUCACAGAAUAACAGGCUUUAAUCCGCAAAAUACAGGGUUACGCAGAAAUGCGUCAAACACACUCCAGGGCACAAAACAGGUGCACUGGAAGAUACAAGGCACAUGGGAAAAUACUAUCGUCGAACAAAAUACACGAGCUCCACCGAGCUUCACAAUAAAUAAUCACCCACAAGGACAAGGGGGCAGAGGGAACACUUAUACACAGACUAAUUAGGGGCUUAGAACCAGGUGUGUGUGAUAACGAGACAAGACAAUUGGGAUGAUGAUUGGUGGCGGCAGUGGUUAGUACUCCGGUGACGACGAACGCCGAAGCCUGCCCGAACAAGGAGGGGAGGGAGGCAGCCUCGGCCGAAGCGCAGGAACCUACCCACAUCCUGAUUUACUCGUUUCUUAUCCCCAUUUGACUCGGGGUGGAACCCAGAAGUCAGGCUGACCGAGACCCCAGACGUUCCAUGAACGCCUUCCAAACCUUGGACGUGAACUGGGGACCUCGGUUGGACACGAAAUCCUCUGGCACCCCGUAGUUCCGGAAGACGUGAGUAAACAGGGCCUCCGCAGUCUGCAGGGCUGUGGGGAGACCGGGCAGAGGAAGGAGGCGGCAGGACUUGGAGAAGCGGUCCACAACGACCAGGAUGGUGGUGUUACCUUGGGAGAGGGGAAGAUCAGUCAGAAAAUCAAUACUAAGAUGAGACCAUGGUCGUUGUGGAACUGGUAAUGGUUGUAGCUUACCCGUUGGGAGGUGCCUUACUCUGGGCACACACCGAGCAGGAGGAGACGUACACCCUCACGUCCUUAGCCAAGGUAGGCCACCAUUACUUUCCGCUCAAGCAGCUCACUGUACGGCCGAUGCCUGGGUGACCAGAGGAGGGUGACGUGUGUGCCCAGAAGAUCAGACGAUCACAGAUAAGAGCAGGCAUGUACCGCAGCCCAGCUGGACACUGCGGUGGAGAUGGAUCUGUGCGUAAUGCCUGCUCUAUAUCCGCGUCCAUACUACCGGUGCCACAAUGCAGGAGGCCGGGAGUAUGGGGGUGUUGUCUCUGGGCCUCUCCUCUGUGUCAUACAGCCGGGAAAGUGCGUCUGCCUUCACGUUCUUCGUACCAGGAAUCACCAACGUCGUAGUUCUGCUCCGCCGGGCUGAGCUUCUUAGAGAAGAAGGCACAGGGGCGGAGAUUGGGUGGCGUACCCGAGCGUUGGGACAGGACAGCUCUUAUCCCAACCUCGGACACAUACACCUCCACUACGAACGGUAGUGAUGAAUCGGGGUGGGCCAGUACUGGUGCUGAGGUGAACAGACCCCGCAGUUUUCUGAAAGCCAGGUCAGCCUCAGCAGACCAGCGGAGCCGGGACGGCCCACCCUUCAACAGGGAGGUAAUGGAAACUGCAACCUUGCCAAAGCCCCGGAUAAACCUCUGAUAGUAGUUGGCAAAGCCAAGGAAGCGCUGCAACUCCUUAACCGUGGUUGGAGUCUGCCAAUUACGCACAGCUGAAAUGCGAUCUCCCUCCAUCUCCACACCUGAGGUGGAAAUGCGGUAUCCAAGGAAGGAGACGGACUGCUGGAAAAACAUUCACUUCUCUGCCUUAGCAUAAAGGUCAUUCUCCAACAGUCGGGCCAGCACCUUGCGAACCAGGGACACAUGCUCGGCGCGCGUAGCGGAAUACACCAGGAUGUCAUCGAUGUGGACCACUACACCGCGACCAAGCAUGUCCCGAAACACUUAGUUCACAAAGGACUGGAAAACUGAGGGAGCAUUCAUCAAACCAUAGGGCAUCACCAGGUAUUCAUAAUGCCCCGUGGUUGUGCUGAAUGCUGUCUUCCACUCAUCUCCCUCUCGGAUACACAGGUUGUACGCACUCCUGAGAUCUAAUUUGGUGAAGAAGCGCGCCCCAUGCAUUGAUUCAAAUACUGAAGGAAUGAGGGGAAGAAGAUAACUAAGUCUUAUCGUCUCCCUGUUCAGUGGUCGAUAAGAUACAAGGCACAUGGGAAAAUACUCCCGUCGAACAAAAUACACGAGCUCCACCGAGCUUCACUAACCUUCACAAUAAACAAUCACCCACAAGGACAAGGGGGCAGAGGGAACACUUAUACACGGACUAAUUAGGGGAUUAGAACCAGGUGUGUGUGAUAACGAGACAAAACAAUUGUGAUGAUGAUUGGGGCGGCAGUGGUUAGUACUCCGGUGAUGACGAACGCUGAAGCCUGCCCGAACAAGGAGUGGAGGCAGCCUCGGCCGGAGUCGUGACAGUUGCACAAUAUCCAUCACAACAAGGUGACAGAAAUGUAACACACUAACAUACACUAUAUACUAUCCUUACAAAUGUCAAAAUAUAAUUAUUCAAAUGUCAGAUUCUGGCACAUCAUAUUAAAAAAAAAAAAAAAAAAUGUUUUUGUCAUUUAGCAGAUGCUCUUAUCCAGAGCGACUUACAGUUAGUGAGUGCAUACAUUUUCAUACUGGCCCCCCGUGGGAAACAAACCCACAACCCUGGCGUUGCAAGCGCCAUGCUCUACCAACUGAGCUACAGGGGAUAAUGGCUGAAAUAAUAAGUAAAUGCACCUUUGAUAGAGGUAGCAUCUGUGAUUCACCAACAAUAUGUUGAAAUAUUGUUUUACAAUGAGUGGUUUGGGAGCAGGGAGCAUUGAAAGCAGCAGGAGAGGGAAAAUAAGUUAAAAUUCCACUUCCCUAGAAACUGACCCUUUAGUCAUUCCCAACCCAGUUAUAUCUACUGUAUUUACAAUUCUUUACAAGUGUUGUGGAUGCACUAAACAGAAGCAUACAGACGGACAUAGUAGAAAUGUAUUUUGAUUGACCAAUGAGCUGCCUGCACUGCACUUUGUGCAUGCAAUUUUUAUUUAUUUGACGUGGUUUUAUCAGAAGGAGUCUUGUAUCGUACACACAAUUACCAUAUAGAUGUAGUCAGUUUCAUAUAUGGUUGAAAUCCGUCAGUGCAUUGCUAUCCAUUGAGGGGAAAUCAGUCAAUGUAAUGUCAAUAUAAUGACACUUUUCAUUCAUUAUUUAUUAUACACAACCACAGUUAAGAUGGGAUAAUAAUGUAUUAGAUAUGGCAUUUUUAAAGCGCUUUUCAUUACAAAAGUAAUAAGACAAACAGAUUGGACAUGAUCCAAUAGGGAAUCAGAAGGGGUAGUGUUACAAGCACAGGAUCCAUUGAUUUAACAUCCUGUGUUCUCUUCCCUAGCAACGCAGAGAGUACUUUGAGGCCAGCUUGAUGAAGAUGGGGAUGGAACUAGAGGCUGCCAGAUCUGUGAGUGGCCACAUAAUACAAGGACUGACUUGAUGUAUUUACUUUGCUGUUAGCUUGCAGAGUGAGGUCUAGUGUGCAGAUCUUCAGGGAGGAUUGGGUGGAAACAAUAUUUAGUAUCUUACAUUAGUUUGGUCUUAGAUGGUAGAGAAACACUUAAUAUUUGUUUUUGUUACAUAGUUUUAUUAUCAUGCUGCUUAUUUACGUGACCUUGUGGAGCUUGUUUUUGGCUGCAUUUUAGAUGGCAGACACAGUUGUUUUACAAAGACAUCCUUUUAAACAACCAGCUAUUUCCUCAGGAAGGGUUGAGAUUGAAUUGCAGUGGAAAACUAUGGCACCAAUUCCAUUAUUUGAGUCUAGUUUCCCAAUUAUUGGCAAACUUUGGUGGUAUUUAAUGGAACAGGAUCAAUGAGUUAACAUUGAUAAACACAGAGCCAACUUCUGAUUUUGUAGAUAAUAAAGCAUUGCAUUAGAUUAAUGUGAUGUUUUAGUACUUAUGUGGAGGAUGUAAUUUGUGAUCAUGGCAGUCUUCUUAAUUGCCCCUUAGGGGAUUACUGAAGUUGUAAUACAUUUAGUUGAAAUUAAAAAGGCUGCCUUAUCUUGUUGUUUUAUCUUUGUCAUUCCGACAAGGUGGUGGAUGAGAAGCUGUUGUUCGUCAAGGUGCACAUGCCCUGGGACGUGCUGUGUACCUACGCCGAGGUCCUCCACAUCAAGCUGCCCAUUCAGCCCAAUGACCUGUCCACCACGUCCUCGCCCUUCAACUUCCUCAGCUGCAUCACCAAACACUUCUACCCCAGCGAGGACCUCAUAGCCAAGGAGACGGAGUACUUCACCGCCCCGUUCGAGAAGGACAGGCUGGAGUACUUCUACGUGAAGGACCGGGACCUCUUCUUCACGCCGUCCAUGAGGAGUAGAAUGGCAAGUGCACUGCUUUCUUAACCUCAUCAUGGGACAUAAACCCUAAAUUCAGAGAGGUCAAAGAUGCAGCGGCACACUAGAUUUUGAUAGAGAUUAAAAAUAAAGGACUAAAAAUAAGUCAAAUUUAGCAGACGCUCUUAUACAGAGCGACUUACAGUUAGUGAGUGCAUACAUUUUCAUAUUGGCCCCCUGUGGGAAACGAACCCACAACACUUGCAUUGCAAGCGCCAUGCUCUACCAACUGAGCUACAGGGGACUUCAUUGACUUCAUUGACUAUUCUUAUGGUAGUUUAAGCAUCUCAGGUUUCUGAUGCUGCUAAAUGGUAUUGGAAGAUAUUUUGUCUGUAGACCACUGUUGUGGAAAUUCUUACACAGGGACACUCAAAGUCAAUCUUAUAUGAAUCACUCUUUAUUGUCAGCAAGCUGGAAAGGUCACAGUCAAACUUAGAUGCAGAAAGUAACGAUCUGUCAGGAGCUCUAACGGGGCAGUCCCGUUAGUUUCCUUAUAUACUGACAAGUUAUAUUUGCAUGGUUUAGCUUAUUCAUCAUUCAUAAUUGAUGUUCUCUUCAUUCAUGUGACAACCAAUACUGGGUCAUGCAUGUGACAGACCAAUACCUCACGAGGCUUCUUCUCUGAGACCUUGAAACUGAGAUAUCCCUUUCUCUAUACAAUCUGCCAAAUUGCAGAUAUUGAUAGUGAGGAUUCGUUCAAUCAGUCACUUGCAUGAACACAGAAAUUGGUUUGUAGAAAAGCACAAACAGUACACAGAAAUUGGUUAUUAGAAAAGCACAAACAUAAAACAUUCCAUCACACCACUUAGAUUGGUUAUCAAUGUACCUAUACUUAAACCAUAGUGUUAACACUAUUUUCUUAACACUUGAAUGAUAACAGAAUGGUUGGUCUUCCUCCUCAGGCCUACUACAUCCUCAGCCGAGCCCCCUAUGAGGUACGAGGGAACAUCAAGAAGUUUGGUGUCACCAAGCUGCUCGAUGGAGGGGUGUACAAGGCUGCUUAUCCCCUGCAUGAUGUGAGUGGGGGUAAAGAGUGGGGUGGCACUAGUAACUGACAACAUAGUACAUUAAACACCAAUCGAUCUGUGAAAACACUGAGGGGUGUUUUUAUGAACUUUUUUGUUUUGUUGUCUGUGAACUUACUGUAGUGCAGAUUCAACGUCAGGUCGAAAGAAGAUGAGUGCCCCAAUGAGAGAUACCUCCUGUAUAACGAGUGGGCUCACCCUAAAAGUUUCUAUAAGAUGCAGCCACUUGAUCUCAUAAGGUAAUUCAUGCUUUAAUCUACUCUGACAAAAAUGCACAUUGCAUGCACAUCGCUGCUUUAGUGUAAGAGAGGUGUUGAGAGUUAUUCUUACAAACAGAAUGUGCUUAAAGGCCUAAUCAUUGUAAUUAUGGUAAAUAAGGGAUGGAAAUAAUAAUAUUUUCUUUCAUUUUCUCACAGAAAAUAUUAUGGGGAGAAGAUUGGCAUUUACUUUGCUUGGCUGGGCUUCUAUACAGCCAUGCUAGCCCUCGCUGCCAUUGUUGGACUUGGCUGUUUCAUUUAUGGGUACACGACUCAAGAAACAAGCACCUGGAGGUAUGUUUAAAACUCAAAGAAAGUACUUCAGAAACCCACAACACCAUAGAAAUAUAUGACAAGUUGCUAAAUCUAGUGUACUGUAUAUCAAAUGAAGAUCAAUUAGUGCAGGAUAGGACACGUAAAGUUAAGUUUGCUUGAUGUUCCUUCCAUGCUGUACCCUGACACUCUAACUGUGUGAAAACCCAAUGAUUAACAACUUUGUUGCAUUUUGUUGUUUGACCCAUCUGCUCUGUUCAUUUAUUGGACAGCAAAGAGGUGUGCGACCCUUUGAUUGGAGGAAAUAUUGUGAUGUGUCCGCAGUGUGACAAGGAGUGCACAUACUGGAGGCUUAACAGCACCUGUGAAUCCUCUAAAGUAAGUAAUACUUUAGGGUUCACUAAUUCUGAUCCAUGGCAGUACAGGUUUUUACUCCAGCCCAUCACUAAACAAUUCUCAUUCACUCACAUGGUCAAUUCAGAGUGAUUAUGAUUAUGAAAGUGACUUAUAUGGAUAGUGAGUCCUUUAAAAUUCUAUUUGCCAAUGCUUGUUAUGUCAGACCAUUUUCUCAGACUCCUUGGCCAAUGAGACAUGCUACAAGUCAUAUUAAACCUUUUUGAACAGGGUUUGUUUCCGUAUAUAUUUACAAAGAGUCAUGGAAGGAGAGGAAAAUGAUGUGAAAAGUAGUUCAUGUGACCUUGUCUUCCUCAGAAACUGUGCAUAUUUGAUAACUAUGGGACGCUGGUGUUUGCUGUCUUUAUGGCCAUUUGGGGUGAGUCAUUUCAUUAAUUAAACUUACCAUAUUUAUAAAUGUAGAGGUUUUAGAAACUGUAUUAUUUGAGUGUGUUGUUUUGUCUAUCUUAACUUAUUAGCAAUUAGAUGUUGCAUGAUAAUGAUAUAAGAGUUUUCCUCAGCACAUGGUACAGUCUGGGACCAGGCAAGUAAAAUAAAGCUUUACUCUUGUUCCGAUCCUGGUUCUAGUGACCGUGUUCUUGGAGUUCUGGAAGCGCUACCAGGCAGAGCUGGAGUAUGAUUGGGACACCGUGGAGUUCCUGGAGCAGGAGGAGCAACCUCGUCCCGAGUAUGAGGCCAAGUGUAACCACGAGAGAAUCAACCCUGUCACACGGGUAAGGGAGAUGCGUUCGUCACACAGUCGCUAUGGUGAUUCCAUAGCGUCAGCCUCAGGAGGCUAGAAGAACACUCCACAUCCGAUGAUGUUAUAUAGUUGUUUUAAAAGGACAGUAUUACCUGUAUCAUUACUUCAUUGUAAAACAUGUUGUUCUUCAUUUAGGUAAAAGAGAACGUGCCUUAUACAGCCUGUGGACGGUGUAUAAGAGUGUCCUUAGGAAUCGGGACCGUCUUAUUCUGGGUAAAAACCUUUGGACUUCUCUACUGUUAUCUUGUUCUGAAUAGGCCAAUUCACAUGCACUCCAACAGCAACAUUUGUUUUCUAUAUCCCUAACCUAUGUUUCAAGUCUGACCCCUCCAAUUCUUGUGUUUGUGCUUGUGUUCAGAUUGUGUUGAUCCUGGCGUCAGUGGUGGCCAUAAUCGUAUACCGACUGGCAGUGUUCUUCUCAUUUUCGACAAGCCUCCAGUCUGACCUAAAGGAGCUAGAACCGUUUAAGGAGUAUGUGACCGCACAAAUGGCCACCUCUGUCACUGCUUCCAUCAUCAGCUUCGUGGUCAUAAUGGUGCUCAACAUCCUGUAUGAGAAGGUUGCUAUCUGGAUCACCGACUUCGGUGAGAUGCCCCAGUGUCAAACAACAGGAAAUAUGUGGUUUGCUAUACGGAACUAUGAUGUUUCUCAAAGGGCAAAUAUUCAAUCAAACGUUCCUUAGCAAGGUUUAUACAGUAUCUUUGCUUAUUGUAAAAACAAAAGUAUCUUCCUGUGAAGGGAGUCGGUCUUAUAUUUUUAACAGUGCCCCAAACAUUCUGCAAUUAUACCAUGGUAUGAGUAAAUAUUGCAUGCCAAUAGGUCUAAGUAAUCCAAAUAUAUGUAUCCCAACAUAUUUAUACUGUAGGAAAUUCACACCACCACAAUAGCCCUUAGCUGAUGUCCUUAUUCAGAGCCACUUGCAGAAUCUGGACAGAGCAAAAGCCUGAUUUAAGCCUGGUGUUUUUUUGACGAGAUUGAGAAGAUGUCUUACUUGUGUUAUUUUAAAGAGCUACCAAGGACCAAGACGGAUUAUGAGAACAGUCUAACUCUGAAGAUGUUCCUGUUCCAGUUUGUCAACUACUACUCCUCCUGCUUCUACAUUGCCUUUGCCAAAGGGAAAGUGGUUGGUUACCCUGGGCAGCCUGUUUACCUGCUGGGCAAGUACAGGAACGAGGAGGUACUUACGUCUAUCAGUUGAUUGAAAGAUCAGUUGAUUGAAAGAUCAGUUGAUUGGAGGCUCAGUUGAUUGGAGCUUGGUGAUUGGUGCAGAACAUGUAAUAACACAGCAUGACAGUGUUUUGCUUUUCCCCUUUGCUUGUGUUCUAACUACUAUGUUGCCAAAUGAUUAGAUGUUGCAUUCUGUGGCAUUUGUGUUUGACUAAAAGAGACCUUCAUAUUUCAAAUGAAUGAACCUAAAUGAGGACAUCUUCCACUAAAUACAAGUUGUUUGAAUGGAGGUGCUUUUUCAUGUAAUACUACAAGAUGGCCGACAUUGGUUGAUACAGUGUUUGUGUCUGUGGGCGGCAGGUAGCCUAGUGGGUAAGAGCGUUGUGCCAGUAACCGAAAGGUCGCUGGUUCUAAUCCCAGAGCCGACUAGGUGAAAAAUCUGUUGAUGUGCCCUUGAGCAAGGCACUUAACCCUAAUUGCUCCUGUAAGUCGCUCUGGAUAAGAGCGUCUGCUAAAUGACCAAUUAUUUAUCUUUACCAGUGUGAUCCAGGAGGAUGCCUGAUUGAGUUGACAACCCAGCUCACUGUCAUCAUGGGCGGUAAAGCCAUCUGGAAUAACAUUCAGGAGGUGUUGCUGCCGUAAGUUUUUGGUUCAAUGGAAGAACAUAAAAUGGCCAACCACAUCAGCUCUCUAGGAGCCCAGCAACUGUAAAGUUUUCCAGUUACAUUGAAUCAGGGUUGGUUCAAUGGUUUAUUCCAUCCCAACUCAAAAUGGAAUUCCCCCUUAUCUUCAAGUGUAUCUGUAUCAAGACAUCAUUAUUAUCUGAUUCAGAGAGCAAUCAUAAAGGUGUCUUGUUGUAGGCACUAACGGAGACUAACUCUGCCAUGGCUCAUUGACCAAAGCCUAUGGGGAAAUUAAUGGGGGUUUUGUUGGGUUUUUUGAUAAAUGCCGGAAACACAGGCUUAGGAGGUCUUAUACAUUUUGUUAAUAUAGAGAUAAUCUUAAUCAGCUAACGUCACUUUUUGUGAAUUUUAAAGCAUAUCCGUAAUCAAAACAAUCACAUACAGCAGAUAAGGGUUUCAUAAUUCACAAAGGUCAUGUUAACUGACUGAUAUUGUUGGUGCUGUCAUCUUCAGGACAGGAAUACCGGUUUACUUAACGGAGGAAUGAACACACAUGUUCAUCGUUGAUGUUUUAACCAGAACGGGGGAAUGCCCUUUCUUUAUUUUCGCACAUGCGCAGUUGUACAUCUCUCAUAGGGCAUGACUGUACCAGUGUAAGAACACAAUUUAAUAACAUAGUAGUCUAUAUGUUAACACCCCCACUUGCUCUUAUACUGUACAAGUCGUAUUCAACCUAACUAUCAACACAUUUAGCUUACAGUUAUACAUCUCACAAAUGUCAGUUAAUAUUCCAAACAUAUAACCCAAGAAUUUUUCAUUUUAGUCAAAACAUCUGCAACCAUGUCUGCCGUUGGACAAUAUUCAAUACUUAUUUUACCAUCACUGAGUGCAGAUCGAAUGAAAUGAUAUCUGAUGUCGACAUGUUUACAUCUCUGACGACAUACUGGGUUCUUUGACAGAGCAAUUGCACCUUGGUUAUCUUCAAAGAUUGUUACUGGUGCAUAUUGGCACUCACUAUCCAUCUUGCCCAAUAACUGUACAAGGUACAAACUUUUUUGUGUAGUAGCAGCCAGUGUACUCUGCUUCACAUGUAGAUAAAGCUACUGUUGGCUGCUUCUUAGACCUCCAUGAAAUAACAGGUCCACAUUUAGUUAAACUAAAACAAUACCCUGUUAUGCUUCGUCUGUCACUUUGAUCUGCUGCCCAAUCAGCAUCACUAUAUGCUACAAGGUUGAGUUUUUCCACCCCCUUUUUGUAACACAACUCCUGAUUCAUUGUCCCCUUCAAGUACCUCAACACAUGUUUAGCUGUUAUCCAGUGUUGCUCUUUUGGUUCUGAUAGGUAUUGUGACAGCUUGCUGACAAUCCAACUGAUAUCCGGCUUUGUACAUGUAAUCACAUAUAUCAAGCUGCCUAUCACUUCACAAUACCUUUUUGAAUCAAUAGGUUCACCAUCACCAUCAAAGUUUUGUUUUUGUUCACAUGGUGUUGACCUUGUUUUACAGUCUGACAUACCAAACCUUUCCAGUAUCUUGGUUAUGUACCUUGUUUGGUUCAUCUUUAUUUUCCCUUCACUUUGUGUAAAAUCAAUGCCUAGGAAAUGUCCAAGCCUCCCAAGAUCUUUCAUCUUAAAUUUUUCACUUAACAUUUCUUUUACACUUGUGAGUGAGUCACUAUCACUAGCAGCGAUAAUUAGAUCAUCGACCCAAAUUAUCAAAAUGAUCCUUUCUGUUGCAGUUUGUUUGUUAUAAACACAGUGAUCAGCUGGGUUCUGUGUAAAACCAUUUUCACUAAGGUGAUCAUGCAACAUUUUGUUCCAGUUCCUUCCUGACUGUUUCAGGCCGUACAGUGACUUGUUCAGUUUGCAGACUAGUUGCUCACCUGUAUCUGACCUGACUUCAAAACCCUCUGGUUGCUCCAUGUACACGUCACAGUCAAUAGGAGCAUGUAUAUAUGCUGUUUUGACAUCCAUCUGAUGUAACUAAGUCAUACUGAGCUGCUAGCUGCAUCAAACAGCGUACUGAUGUCAUAUUUACAGUUGGAGAAAAAGUAUCCUUAUAGUCUAUUCCUGCCACUUGACUAUACCCCUUUGCAACAUAUCUUGCCUUGUAUGUCUCAGUCUCAUCUGAAUUGUUUUUGACCGCAUAGACCCACCUGCCCCCCACUGCAUUUUUACCCUCUGGCAGUGUGGUCAAUGUGAAUGUAUCAUUUUCCCUAAGGGAAUCCAUCUCCUCCUUCAUAGCAGUAGCCCAAAUCUCUGAUUUUGGUGAAAUCAUUGCUUCUUUGAAGGUUUGUGGUGCAUUGCACAUUACUCUGUAGCAGUAGUCAACACUAGGUGGUAUCUGGUCAUCACACUUCACUUUACACUCAUAGUCUUUUAAGUACUGGGGUUUCUUCCUCGCUCUGUCUGGAUAGCGUGGACUCUGACUAUCUGAAGUCUCGAUUUGCACAUCGGAAUUUUGAUCUGCCAUCUUGGCUUUUGGCAUGGGGGAUUCAAAUCUCUCCCCAUGAAGAUCAUCACUCAUUUCCAAAUCUGUCUGAGUUUGGCGUUCGACUACACCUUUUGUAACGAACUUGACUAAUCUGUUUUUAAAACUUUUCCAGUGUCUGGGUAGUAGACUAGGUAUGCUGGACUAUUUUUAUCAUACCCGACAAACAUACCCUUUUCACAUCUUGAGUCCAACUUUUUCUUGUUCUGUCUGUAUGCAUAGCAAACAGAUCCACAUUCUUUCAUCUUUGAAAGAUCAGGCUUUCUCCCAGUAAACAUGUAGUGUGGAGUCUGUCCUAUACGCUUAUUGUAACACCUAUUGCGAAUUACUGCAGCAGUCAUUACAGCAUAUGUCCACAAGUUCUUUGGUAGGUUGCUCUCAAGUAGCAUGCAUCUUGCCAUUUCAAACAGUGUUCUCCAAUUUCUCUCAGCGGUCCCAUUUUGAUGGGGUGAGUAAGGGGCUGAAGUUUCAUGUCUUAUGGCAUUCUUACUGAGCAGUGACUGGAACUCUUUGGCUGUGAACUCUGUGCCAUUAUCUGACCUGACACACUUUAUUUUCCCAUAAGGGGCCACAUCAGCAAUAAACUUCUCAGUAGCUUUUACAGUAUCACUCUUUGCUUUUAGGAAAUACACAAAAACUGCCCCUGAAUAUUCAUCCGUAAAUGCUAGAGUAUAUCUGAACCCAUAUUUCGCCUCUGGCUCAAUAGGGCCAGCCAGAUCAGUGUGCACAAGCUCAAGAGCCGCUUUUGCCUUUUCAUCAGGCUCCCUGUUUCUGCUCUGAACAAAUUUUCCCUGUGUGCAGAUUUCACAGUUGAGGGUAGAUUUGUCAAUCUUACCUGUGAUUUUCAUUCCCUCUGUCACAUUUUCUAACUUUGACACAUCCUCAAAAUUACAGUGGCCAAGAAUUGUGUGCCAUGUGUGAAUAUCAUAGCACCCAUGACAUCCAUCAUAAUUUUCAUCACUUACAGUGUUAAGAUAGUAAAGUCUAUCGUACUCCUCAAUGUCAAAAGUGGUACCGUUCUUGUGGAUGAGCUUGUUACACCCAUGUCGAAAGUUGACUGAAGCUCCGUUGGCUGUCGCUGCUUUAACAGAGAAAAUGUCCUGUGGAAACGAUGGCACGUACAGCGCCUUCGUCAGCGUUGUUUUCACCCGACGACCCGUGUUGUCUCUCAGGUAAACCUCUGCUGCACCUCUCCUCUCCGCGACACCAUUCGUUCUUGUUCCGUCAGCCAGCUCCACGUAAUGUUUUUCCGGUUUGAAAGUCUCGUCAAACUCCUUAAACUUCCCGAUGUCCGUGACUAUAUGUGACAUUGCUCCCGUAUCAACCAUCAGCCCUUUCUGUUUCAGUCCACGAACCUGACAGUCACUUAUUCUGAAUGCAAAUGUGUGGCCUUCAGCAUCUGUUGCUUGUUUCACAUUGUCUCUUCUUUUUCGUCUACAAUUUGCGUCAGUGUGAGUGGAGCUCUUGCAAAAACUACACCACUGUCUCCGUUCUCUGGACUCUCCAGUAACGGUACAUUACCGGGCCUUGUGCCCUUUCUGGCCACAGUUGAAGCAGGUUAUCUCGGUCCCUUUAUCUCUUCCUCUUGGCCAGCUAACUUUAAUGUUACUUGCCUUCAUCACGUUGUCGUCAGUGGAAAUGGUGCUAAAAUUCUCGGUGCUUUCAAAGCUCCUCAACUUGGUUUUGAACUUGCCAAAAGUUGUUGGCUCGUCACUCUGCGUUAUGUGGAUGGCAAACGGCUUAAAUGAUUCGGGCAAACCUUUCAGAAUCAUUGCAAUCAACAGCCCGUCACUUAAAGUCUCUCCAGCGUUCCUCAGUGCUGUAAUAGCCGUCUCAGCACAAACUAUAUAGUCCGUAACAUUUUCGUCAGCGGCUUUCUGAAGAGAAGUUAGCUCAGUGUAGAGGCUAAUCACACGUGGCUUCCCUUUACCUGCAUAAUGUUCCCUCAAUAUCUUCAACGCUUUUCUCCCAUCAUCUGUUGCUUCUCUCAUUAUCAGAGAAAGACUUUUAUCAUCCAAAACCUAUAUCAAUUCGGUGUAGGCUUCUUCAUUUUUCUCUCCGUCUUCUUCAUCUUCAUCCACGCUCAAUAUGGCGGCCUUUAGCCCUAGCAAACGCAAGUGCCCCAAAAACGUAGUCUCCCAUAACUCGUAGUUUUUUUUCAUCUCCGUCGAAACAUAAUCUAUUCCAUCGGCUUCCAUGUUCCCUCCUGGGCCCAUAACCUGUUGGUGCUGUCAUCUUCAGGACAGGAAUACCGGUUUACUUAACGGAGGAAUGAACACACAUGUUCAUCAUUGGUGUUUUAACCAGAACGGGGGAAUGCCCUUUCUUUAUUUUCGCACAUGCGCAGUUGUACAUCUCUCAUAGGGCAUGACUGUACCAGUGUAAGAACACAAUUUAAUAACAUAUCAGUCUAUAUGUUAACAGAUAUUAUCUCAUAGAACAAAACAUAUAUGAUCUCCUUAGCCUGUGUUUAACCUCAACCUUAUUUUCAAAGUUUAUCCCAAAACCCCAUUCUUUCCCCAUUAAUUUCCCCCAAUAGGAAUGGCUGAACAAACCAGAGGUAGAAAAUGAUAACUCAUUUCUGUUUUUGAGGACUACAAGCUGGCAAGCUCUAUUACCUUGUUAUUAGCAUCAUGUCUCCCGAGUGGCGCAGUGGUCUAAGGCACUGAAUCGCAGUGCUAGCUGUGCCACUAGAGAUCCUGGUUCGAAUCCAGGCUCUGCUGUAGCCGGCCGCAACCGGGAGACCAAUGGGGCGGCGCACAAUUGGCCCAGCGUCGUCCAGGGUAGGGGAGGGAAUGGCCGGCAGGGAGGUAGCUCAGUUGGUAGAGCAUGGCGUUUGCAACGCCAGGGUUGUGGGUUCGAUUCCCAUGGGGUAUGAAAAUUAAAAAAGAAUAAUGUAUGCACUAACUGUAAGUCGCUCUGGAUAAGAGCGUCUGCUAAAUGACGUAAAUGUAAAUGUAAUGAUUCUGCGAUUGACAUGUUUCUCCUCAUCAGGUGGGUGAAGAAUUUGAUAUUCCGCUACUGCACACGUGUUGGGUCUAAAAAGGUGAUUCCUCGCUGGGAGCAGGACUACCAGCUGCAGCCCAUUGGGAAGCUGGGCCUCUUCUAUGAAUACCUGGAGAUGGGUAAGAUAUGAAGAAUGAGGCGAACUCUCUCCCUGACACCCAAAUCAACCCUUAGCCCCUAUCCCCGGGCACCUGGGUAGAUCUGAGAGGAUUGGAUAGGUGUGUACACAGUACGGUGGUAGCUUUAGGCGUAUGCUUGUGAGUUGAAGCUGAUCCCGCUAUUACUUUGGGCUCGGUCCAGAAACCACCCCUAGCCCCUAUCCCCAAGGCACUUUCUUCAACUAGAAGGGUUGGAUGGACAUAAGCAAUAUGGUGCAAAUCGCUGCUAGCUAGCCUAUCAGCUACUGUCAUAGUAUCAGGUUCCCCCCUAGCUAGCCUAUCAACUACUGUCAUAGUAUCAGGUUCCCCCCUAGCUAGCCUAUCAACUACUGUCAUAGUAUCAGGUUCCCCUCUAGCUAGCCUAUCAGCUACUGUCAUAGUAUCAGGUUCCCCCCUAGCUAGCCUAUCGGCUACUAUCAUAGUAUCAGGUACCCCCUAGCUAGCCUAUCGGCUACUAUCAUAGUAUCAGGUUCCCCCCUAGCUAGCCUAUCAGCUACUGUCAUAGUAUCAGGUUCCCCGCUAGCUAGCCUAUCGGCUACUAUCAUAGUAUCAGGUUCCCCCCUAGCUAGCCUAUCGGCUACUAUCAUAGUAUCAGGUACCCCCUAGCUAGCCUAUCAACUACUAUAAUAGUAUCAGGUUCCCCCCAUCUAUCCUAUCAGCUACUGUCAUAGUAUCAGGUUCCCCCCUAGCUAGCCUAUCGGCUACUAUCAUAGUAUCAGGUACCCCCUAGCUAGCCUAUCGGCUACUAUCAUAGUAUCAGGUUCCCCCCUAGCUAGCCUAUCAGCUACUGUCAUAGUAUCAGGUUCCCCGCUAGCUAGCCUAUCGGCUACUAUCAUAGUAUCAGGUUCCCCCCUAGCUAGCCUAUCGGCUACUAUCAUAGUAUCAGGUACCCCCUAGCUAGCCUAUCAACUACUAUAAUAGUAUCAGGUUCCCCCCAUCUAUCCUAUCAGCUACUGUCAUAGUAUCAGGUCCCCCCCUAGCUAGCCUAUCAACUACUAACUAUCAUAGUAUCAGGUUCCCCCCUAGCUAGGUUAUCAACUACUAACUAUCAUAGGCUAGCUAGGGGGGAACCUGAUACUAUGACAGUAGCUGAUAGGCUAGCUAAGGGGGGAACCUGAUACUAUGAUAGUAGCUGAUAGUAUCAUGCCCCCCCCCCCCUUGCUAGCCUAUCAGCUACAGUCAUAGUAUCAGGUUCCCCCUAGCUCAGCUACUAUCAAAGUAUCAGGUUCCCCCCUAGCUAGCCUAUGAUAGUUAGUAGUUGAUAGGCUAGCUAGGGGGGAACCUGAUACUAUGACUGUAGCUGAUAGGCUAGCUAGGGGAGAACCUGAUACUAUUAUAGUAGUUGAUUGGCUAGCAAGGGGGGGACCUGAUACUAUCAGCUACUAUCAUAGUAUCAGGUUCCCCCCUAGCUAGCCUAUCAACUACUAACUAUCAUAGUAUCAGGUUCCCCCCUAGCUAGCUUAUCAACUACUAACUAUCAUAGGCUAGCUAGGGGGGAUCCUGAUACUUUGAUAGUAGCUGAUAGGCUAGCUAGGGGGAACCUGAUACUAUGACUGUAGCUGAUAGGCUAGCAAGGGGGGGGACCUGAUACUAUCAGCUACUAUCAUAGUAUCAGGUUCCCCCCUAGCUAGCCUAUGAACUACUAACUAUCAUAGUAUCAGGUUCCCAGAUCUACACUGAACAAAAAUAUAAACGCAACAUGUUGGUCCCAUGUUUCAUGAGCUGAAAUAAAAUAUCCCCGAAAUCUUCCAUAAGCACAAAAAGCUUAUUCUCUCAAAUUCUGUGCACAAAUUUCUUUACAUCCCUGCUAAUGAGCAUUUUGCCUUUGCCAAGAUAAUCUAUCCACCUGACAGGUGUGGCAUAUCAAGAAUCUGAUUAAACAGCAUGAUCAUUACACAGGUGCACCUUGUUCUGGGGACAAUAAAAGGCCACUCUAAAAUGUGCAGUUUUGUCACACAACACAAUGCCACAGAUGUCUCAAGUUGAGGGAGCGUGCAAUUGGCAUGAUGACUGCAGGAAUAUCCACCAGAGCUAUUGCCAAAGAAUUUAAUGUUAAUUUCUCUACCAUAAGCAGCCUCCAACGUUGUUUUAGAGAAUUUGGCAGUACGUCCACAAACGCAGACCACGUGUAACCACGCCAGCCCAGGACCUCCACAUCUGGCUUCUUCACCUGCGGGAUCACCUGAGAGGGGAGAGGGGGGUGCUGAGGAUUAUUUCUGUAAUAAAGCCCUUUUGUGGGGAAAAACUCAUUCUGAUUGGCUGGACCUGGCUCCCCGGUGGGUGGGCCUGGCUCCAAAAGGGGUAGGCCUAUGCCCUCCCAGGCCCACCCAUGGCUGCACCCCUGCCCAGUCAUGUGAAAUCCAUAGAUUAGGGCCUAAUGAAUUUAUUUAAAUUGACUGAUUUCCUUUUAUGAACUGUAACUCAGUAAAAUCUUUGAAAUUGUUGCAUGUUGCGUUUAUAUUUUUGUUCAAUGAUCAAAUUUGGCUUUGUGUCUGCGUGGCUUUUUUCCUACAGUGAUCCAGUUUGGUUUUGUGACUCUGUUUGUGGCCUCCUUCCCCUUGGCUCCUGUCCUGGCUCUGGUCAAUAACCUCUUUGAGAUCCGGGUGGACGCCUGGAAGAUCACCACCCAGUUCCGCCGUAUGGUGCCAGAGAAGGCCCAAGACAUCGGGGCGUGGCAACCCAUUCUCCAAGGUGUCGCCAUCUUGGCUGUGGCAUCAAAUGUGAGUGAUGGCUCCUCCAUUGGAUUAUGAAGUAUUAUGGGAGAGAAAAUACUAUAUAGUUUGACACAUUUUUGGUUUAUUCUCCAUUGCAUAAUCCCAUCACUGGAUGUCAUUCAUAUAAUUUGAUUGUUACCAUGCUGGUGUAGUGACAUUCUUAGAUUAUAAUUAAUCUAUUAUGAUGAGCACCAGUUUAAUGUGCACUGUCUCCUCCACUUCCUUGUCUCUCUGCCAGGCCAUGAUCAUUGCCUUCACAUCAGACAUGAUCCCACGGUUGGUCUACUACUGGUCUUUCUCUGUGUAUCCCUACGGAGACCAUUCCAGUCACACCAUGCAGGGCUACAUCAACAACACGCUCUCCGUGUUCGACAUCCAGCACUUCUCCAACGAGAGCCGGCCUUCGCAAACACCUUACUGGUUCAAUAACAGCACCACCUGCAGGUAAUGUGAAUGUAUAUGAGAUGGGUUUCAAUUAAAUUGUGUUAGACAUUGAAAUAGUUCAUGCAGUCUUUCUGUCAUACUUUAGAUAUCGAGAUUUCAGAUAUCCACCGGGACACCACAGACAAUAUGAAUACAGUAUCUACUACUGGCAUGUGAUCGCUGCCAAGAUGGCUUUCAUAAUAGUUGUAGAGGUGAGUAAAAAUGUAUACGAUACGUUGCUUUGACCUGAUUUUUCUUUCUACUGUGUUGUCUAAUGCCAGAUGGACAUUUUCUAGCCUUUCAAGAACUCUUACUAACGUUUUCCCUCCUUCCGACCCUUUUUCCCUUGUCCCCUCAGCACAUUGUAUACCUGACCAAGUUCGUCCUGUCCUACAUGAUCCCAGACGUGCCUUACGCAGUGAGGGAACAGAUCAAACGAGAGAAGUACUUGAGCCAGGUCAUCCUUCACGAGACCAACCUCAAACUGGUGACCAAACGCUUGAAGCCUGUCGCUGAUACGAUACUUAAACACAAUGAGGUCAAAGAGGAGGAGGAGAUGGACCUUUACUUU